UAAAAUCGUUCGUUGUUCAAUGAGAAUGAAAAUUCUACGUGAAAUAUUAAACUUGCUUGUCUAAUCAUUUUUCCUUAACAAUUCAGGAUUGGCAACUCACCGUAGGUUGCAUAAUAAUCAACUAAAAUGCAAGUAGUAACCUAAUAAAAACCUUCAAUCAGAUGGCGACGAACUUCUCCAUGUAUAGGUCUAUCUCAGGAAAUAAAUCAAGUAGGACAUCUGACUUGGAUACCACAGGAAAAAAGGACGUCCAUUACUACCAACUUAAGUAAGCACAAAGAAACAAUUAGCCUGAGGACCAACCCACCUCUUAUGUUUUAAAUGGAAACCUGUUUACGAAAGUAAGAGCAACGCCUGGCGGAAGGGAGGGAGACAGCGCCAAUUCAUUGGCCAGAGCAAUUUCGUCUUCAGACGAUCACCGUGUUACCAACCUGAAAGUCGGGCUAACAAUCACAGUCUGCCUGUUGAUUCGCAAUUUUCUCAUUUCAUUUUAUUGUACCCAUAGGAGAUUUGCAUCCCUUAGACGUCAGAUAACUCUAUCAGCGAAAAAUGAAUCUCAAGAAGACGCCGGGAUUGGAUAUGAAGAAAAGUUUUCUGACUCUCCUUUUCAAAUGGCGUGGAUCAUUGUACAAGUUGUGUUACAGAGAACUCGCCUGUUUUCUGGUUCUCUUCUGCGCAAUCAGCGUUAUUUAUCGCCAGGCGCUCGAUAGUGAACAGAAAAGUUUUUUCGAAAAGAUCGUGCGCUAUUGCGAGAAAUACUUGAGCGCGCUUCCCCUCCCCUUUAUCUUGGGAUUCUAUGUUACCACCGUUGCAACUAGGUGGUGGCAGCAGUGUUUGGCAUUACCUUGGCCCGACAGAAUCAUGCUGUCCAUCGUCAUGUAUAUUCCCGGAUGCGAUAAUGAAUCAAAGUUAUUGCGGAAAACACUUUUGCAGUACUGUAACCUUAUGGCUGUCCUCGUUUUCCGCACUAUUUCUGAAGCAGUCAAGUUUCGUUUGAACACCCUGGAGGACGUUGUCAAUGCAGGUUUUAUGACGAAAGCAGAAAUGGAGUGCUUCAAGGCAGUGAAAGCCGAUUGCAACUUGUUUUGGGUGCCUGGCCUUUGGUUUUGCCAUCGACUUCGAGAAGCUAAAAUCCAAGGGCGCGUAAUUGAUUCAUAUGGUGCUCAACUCAUCAUGAGGGAGUUUUUAGACUUCCGUUCCAAAUGUGGCCUUUUGUGGCGUUAUGACUGGGUUACCAUUCCUCUAGUGUAUACUCAGGUAAUAACACUAUCAUAUUCGUUCGUCUUUGCUAGUCUAAUCGGACGGCAAAAUAUCGACACCGGGAACAAGGAUAUUCCUAUCGAUGUUUACUUCCCAGUCUGGGCAAUUUUGCAAAUUCUUUUUUAUUUGGGAUUGCUCAAGGUCGCCGAGAACAUGGUCCAUCCGCUUGGCGAAGACGACGAAGAUUUUAAUUUGAGCUUUAUCCUGAAUCGACACAUGAAGGUUAUCAACGUAGGAACGCACGCGUUUACCAGUGACAUGUGCCCACCCAUGGAAGGUGAUCAUCUACAAACAGGCCCCGGCAUCCACACUCCCAAUACCAGUCACAAGACAUCACUUCAGUUGAAAAAUCGAUUAUUGAAACCGAAAUUUCCUGGACUCUAUACGAGCAAAGAAAAUGCAGAACCAAAGAACAAACAACCCGAACAAACUAUCCCAACGAUUUCGAUGGGCGUGUUGAAUGCUUCAUCUUAUUCAUUAGAUUUGACACUACUACCGGAUGAACCCGUCUAUCAAGGGAAAGCGUUUUCGUGGAACUUAUAGCGCUGAAUGCGUAAAAUGCAGGCUCAAAAAUCAAAAUGUUUUCUAAUAACUUAUAUACCAUUUUCGUGUGAUUAUAAAAGUCCCUGAAAUUAGAAUGUCCUAGACUGAAAACAGGUUCUCUGGGUUUCGGGGAUUCCCAGCCAAGAGUGAAAGUGUGUUACCUUAUGUCACAUAGUUUCAAUGCAUAGUAACAGUUCUGGUUCAUGUACCGACGGUAAGGUUAUCUUUUUUUUCCCUUUUACGUAGUGUCUGUGUUUUCAUAUCGAUUUCAUGUUUCAAUUCCUGUAUGAUGUAAAGCAAAUCAACAGAGAAAAGUGGAACCUGUCGGAACAUCACAUUCUCUUUGGUCUGAGCUCGAUUGGUGCUGAGUAUGGUACUUGUACUUGUGCAUCAUUAAGACUCAAGCAAUGGAUGUGUUCACAAGGGUGUGCACAUCCUUCAGUAUUGUGAAAACAGGCAAAAGUGAUUUAUCUUUGCUCCGUUUAUCAUUUGCAAUCUUCUGUGCAAGUUGACGGAGUUAACCUUUUUAAUUCCUACCACUUCUUCUCUCCCCUUUCUAAAAAUCCUGUACUGCUUCUUCUUCCGUGUUCAAAUGGCAGACAUCUUGUUUGAUUGG